AUGGCCUCCAUCUCCAAAGACACCGACGAGAAGUCGCCCGUCGCCUAUGAAUCUGUCGAAGAAACAGCAAAGGAUGAAGCGCCCAUCGCCGCCAUGGAGGAGUUGGGCCAGGGCGGAUUCGAUGAGAAGGCGACUAAACGACUUCUCCGCAAGAUUGACUGGAAUCUCCUCCCGCUCAUCACGGUUCUCUAUCUCUUUCUCGACAGGACAAACAUCGGCAACGCCCGACUGGCCAAUCUCGAAGAGGAUCUCAACAUGACGGGCCUGGACUACAACAUUUCCCUGGCCGUCUUCUUCCCGCUCUAUAUCGCGUCGGAGAUCCCGUCAAAUCUCGCCAUGAAGCGCUUCCGGCCCUCGAUUUGGAUUCCCACCAUCAUGAUCGCUUGGGACAUCACUCAGUGGUAUCGCCGAAACGAGUGCGGACUACGCAUGGCCCUCGUCUUCUCCUCCACGACGUGCGCCGGCGCAUUUGGCGGCUUGCUGGCGCGCGGCAUCGUGGAGAUGGAUGGUGUAGGCAACCUUGCAGGCUGGUCCUGGAUCUUCAUCCUCGAAGGCCUCGUCACUGUCGUAUUCGCUGUUAUUGCCUACUUCUUCAUGCACGACUACCCCUCCACCGCCCGAUUCCUCAACGAGAAGGAGAAGAACGAGGUAAUCCGCCGGCUCGAGCACGAUCGAUCCAUCCUCCCCGACGAGUUCGACCUUAAAUACGUCAAGCACGCGCUCAAGGACUGGAAGAUUUGGUGGCACAUGGUCAUGACCAUCGGCCUCUACACGCCGCCGUACGCCUUCGCCCUGUUCGCGCCCACCAUCGUACGGGACCUCGGCUACACCGAUAACUCUGCCCAACUCAUGUCUGCCCCGCCCUACGUCGUCGCCUGUCUUCUCUGCGUUCUCUCCGGCUAUUUUGCCGACAAGCAUGGCCAGCGCGGCAUCUACAUCUUUGGGUUCUCCACACUGUCUGUCAUCGGCUACAUCCUCCUCAUGACAGUACAAAGCGUCCCCGUUCGGUACCUCGCUUGCUUCCUCGUAGCCGGCGGUGCCUUCCCCAACGUACCCCAGAGCGUUGCCUGGAACGGCAACAACAUUGGCGGCUCCGUCAAGCGCGGCGUGGGCAUCGCCAUGCAGAUCGGCUUCGGCAACCUCGGCGGCGUCCUCUCCAGCUUCGUCUAUCGCAACGAAGAUGCGCCGUACUUCGUCCGGGGCCACGGUACGCUUUUGGGGCUGAUGGUCGUGAGCAUGUGCAUGUGCGCCUUCCUGUCCUUUUGGUUCCGGAGGGAAAACGCCAGGCGUGAUAGGACGUACAAGAAGCCGGAGGAGUACACGAUUGAAGAGAUGACGGCGCAUAGGGAAGAGGGAGAUAACGCACCGUUCUUCAGAUAUGUCGUCUAA